AUUAAGGUUUAUAGUAGUGACAUCCUCGGUGGGUAUGGCUGAUUAUCAUCCCAUCCCAGAACGUGAAAAACACGAAGAGUUUUUAGCAAAUGUUAUCAAAAUUCUAUUCGAGAAUGUUGUUUUUACUACAAGAAGCGAUAAAGUAGUUUUGUGGCAAACGCCAGAAAAUUUGAAGGAAAAGUUUGAUUUCUCGCUCAGACAAAAUGGGGAGAGUCAUGUUAAUCUUUUGUCUCUACUGAAGCAAACCAUUAAAUUCAGCGUGAAGACAGGACAUCCAUAUUUUAUAAACCAGUUAUUCUCAGGUUUGGAUCCCUAUGGACUUGCUGGACAAUGGCUAACGGAUGCUUUGAACGCUAGCGUUUAUACAUAUGAGGUUGCUCCUGUUUUCACUCUCAUGGAAGAUGCUCUGAUAAAGGAGAUUUGUAGAAUGAUCGGUCCAUUAUGGCACGAUGGUGUAUUUUGUCCAGGAGGUUCGACAGCAAAUGGAAUGGCCAUAAAUUUGGCGAGAUUCAAUAGAUUUCCGUGUAUUAAGAAAAAAGGAUCAGCGAAUCUUCCACCUAUGAAAAUAUUCACCUCAGAAGAGUGUCAUUAUUCCAUUAGCAAAUUCUGCUCAUUCUUAGGCAUUGGAGACGAGAAUGUAGUACUUGUGGAAACCGAUGAAACUGGUCAAAUGGAAAUUUCGAAUUUGAAAGAGAAAAUAGUAGAGAUGGAAGAUCAAGGUUGUACUCUCCUCGCUGUAGUAGCAACCCUAGGAACGACAGUCCGUGGCGCUUUCGACCCAAUAAACGAAAUAGCUGACAUCUGCAAAAAACACAACAUGUGGCUCCACAUCGACGCGGCCUGGGGCGGAGGACUAAUUUUUUCGCAGAGGCACAGAUCGAAGCUGAACGGAAUCGAAAGGGCAAAUUCCAUAGUCAUCAAUCCUCACAAGCUUCUAGCUGUGCCCCAGCAGUGCUCUCUUCUCCUUGUCAGAAACAAGGAUAUAUUACAUGCUUGUCAUUCGAAGGAAGCCGAGUAUUUAUUCCAAAAAGAUAAGUAUUACGACAGGAAGUACGAUCCCGGAGACAAGUAUCUGCAGUGUGGUCGGAAAUGCGACGUCUUCAAGUUCUGGCUCAUGUGGAAGGCUAAAGGUAGUGCUGGGUUUGCUAAUCAUGUAGACUCUCUGAUGGAUACAGCAGAAUAUCUGGAGGAGCAAAUAAAACGCAGGAUGGACUUCAUGUUGGUUUCUAAGCGACAGUAUAUGAAUGUAUGUUUCUGGUACUUGCCAAAAUUCUUGAGAGGGAAAAACAACAUAAUGGAUUAUUCAACGCAACUUCAUAAGGUGGCCCCUCAAAUCAAAGCUAUCAUGGUCACUCAUGGAUCUGUAAUGAUGAAUUAUCAACCACUAAAAGAACUGCCAAAUUUCUUUAGGUUCGUUUCACAAAACUCAGGAUUGACUAGAUCAGAUAUCGAUUAUAUAUUAGAUCACAUCUCUGAAAUAGGAAAUAUGCUAUUUGAAUAACAAAAUAUUCAAUAAAAUAUAAAACUGAA